AUGAGCUCUUCUUCUGUAGAUAAACAUCUCCUGAAAACUGGCCCCUCGGCCCAAGAACUGCUCGAAGAUGAGACCAUGGUCCUCCAGCGACGCUUGUUUACGCCGUUCUUGCUGAAAUCUGUGCCUCCAAUCCCGUUGGAGGAAGAACGAGUCACCUAUCCCGACUAUCCAAAGUACUCCAAACCCAUCGAGUUCGUUUUUUUCACCUGGUUGUUGCCCGUGUUAAAGUCGGGAUAUAAAAGAACACUUACACCGGCUGACUUGUUCCGUUUGAACGAGCAUGUGAAGGUGCAGCCAUUGGCCGAGAAGUUUAACAAGAACUUCCAAAAGAGAUUUGCUCAAUUCAAGGCAAAACACAUCAAGAAUAAAGUGUACCUUCGUGGCGAAACCCCGGAAACUUCCUCUCUACUGGAGGCUGAAGAUAUGCUCGAUUUCGAGCCGGGUCCUUGGUUGACUGUUCUUGCCACCCUCGACACUUUCCGUUUGGACUAUCUUUCCGCAAUGGCCUUUAUGGCAUCUGCAUUGGCGGUACAAACCACAGAACCGCUCUUGAGUAAACGUCUUAUCAAUUACGUCACAUUGAAAACCUUAGGUCUCGAGCUGAAUAACGGAAAAGGCGUUGGCUUUGCCAUCGGUGUCUCUGCCAUGACCUUGUUUUCUGGUAUUUGUCUUAAUCACGCAUUUUACUUGUCUACCUUUACUGGUGCAAGAAUGCGUGGUGUUUUGACCAAAAUGAUCUUGGACAAAUCGUUCAAACUCAGCGCUCGUUCUCGCAAAAAGUACUCAGCCUCCAAAAUUACCUCUAUUAUGAGUACAGAUGUUUCAAGAAUCGACUUAGGUCUUGGAUUCUCUCUUUGGACUGUUGCAUUUCCUAUCCCUGUUUGCAUCGCCAUCGGUCUUCUUUUAUACAAUAUCCAUGUUCCUGCGUUAGUGGGUGUGGGGCUUAUGGUUGCGUACUUGGCAUUUGCUGGUGGAAUGGGUAUGUUGCUUUUCAACUAUAGAACAGAAGCUUUGAAGCAAACAGACUCGCGUGUCCGCUUGGUUAAGGAAGUGCUCAAUAACUUGAAGAUUAUUAAGCUUUACUCAUGGGAAUUGCCUUACUUUGACAUGAUUUUUAAAACCAGAACUACCGAAAUGAGCUUUCUUUUGAAAAUGGAGAUCGUCAGAAGUGUCAUUAUCUCCGUGGCUAGUAGUUUGACAGGUGUGUCUUCAUGGGCUGCAUUCUUGGUACUUUACGCUAUUGCAACUCCUGCAAGACGUAAUCCUGCAACUAUCUUCUCUUCGGUCGCUUUGUUCGCUCUUUUAAGUAAUGUCUUGAUUGUUCUUCCUCUCUCUUUGGCAUCGGUGGUUGACGCCAUGAUCAGUAUGGGUCGUGUCGGCAGCUACCUCUCUGCUGAGGAAGACUCUGCCAUUGAAUCUCUCCCUGGAUUAUCAUCUUCCAGCAAUAGCUCACAAGAAUCCAAACACGCUUUGACGUUUUCCAAUGUCUCUUAUGAGUGGGAGGUUUUUGACGAUGAGUCUGAGGACGAGGAUGAGGAAGGCAAGUCAAAUGAAGAAAAGAAAGCAAUAAAGAAGAGAAAAUCUGAAAAAGUCAAGGCAAAGAAGUUGGCUAUCAAGAACCAAAAGAAAGCUUUGAAACAGAGAGCAAAGGAUCCCUCGACCCCUCUUCCUGGUAUUGAGCUCAUUGGCUUGAAUGAGAAAGAAGGAAGUCCAAAGCAAGAAAAGAAGACCUUUCGUCUUGGACCGCUCAAUUUUGAUGUCGCCCAUGGUGAGUUUCUUGCUAUUACGGGCCAAAUUGGCUCAGGUAAAUCAUCUUUGUUGCAAGCAAUUGCAGGAAACAUGAAACUUACUAGUGGCUCCAUCAACAUUGAUGGCGAUCUAGUUUUGUGUGGAACUCCAUGGGUACAAAAUGCUACAGUUCAAGAUAAUAUUCUAUUCGGACUUCCCUAUGACGAUGAGUGGUACCAGAAGGUUAUCUUUAGUACCUGUUUGCAAGCCGAUCUAGCCAUUCUUCCCGCUGGUGAUCAAACAGAAGUUGGCGAACGUGGUAUUACCUUAUCCGGUGGUCAAAAAGCGCGUUUGUGUUUGGCCAGAGCAGUGUAUGCUAAACCUAGUAUCAUCUUGUUGGACGAUGUUCUCAGUGCUGUUGACGCCAAAGUGGGCCAGCACAUCAUGGACCACUGUAUAACUGGUCUUUUGAAAGACAAGACUCGUAUCCUUGCUACACAUCAACUUUCCUUGAUUUCUUCAGCUAACCGUGUUGCUUUUAUGGAUUCGGAUGGAGUUGUUUGUCUUGGUCUGUUGAGCGAACUCGUUCAAAAUAACAAAGCUUUUGGCGACCUCAUGCAGCACAAUACUCACGCCAGCUCUAAUUCUGAUGAAGAUGACGAUCCAAUGGCUGUUCAAAACGACCCUCAAGGCGAGCCCGCCCGAGUAUUCAAAAAAGAAGAUGGUGUACUUGUCAGUGAGGAAGAGAAAUCCGUCAAUGCUAUUGGACUUGAUGUCAUUGGUCGUUACAUUGGAGCCGGUGCCCGCGGGUUCAAGUUCAACUGGAUUCUUCCAGGCUCUGUUAUCUUGACGAUAUUGUAUGUCUUUUUUGAAUUAUUUCAGAAUACUUGGUUGUCUUUUUGGAUUGAGUACAAAUUCGGAGGCAAAAGCAAUGGAUGGUACAUUGGAAUCUAUACGUGCUUUGUCGUACUUGCCGUGGCCUUUAACAUUAUUUCUUUCGCAACGGUGGUCUUUAUUAUGAACAGAGCAUCCCGUAUUCUUAACAUCGAGGCAUGCCGUCGUGUGUUCUAUGUCCCCAUGGCAUACAUGGACAUCACUCCUAUGGGAAGAAUUAUCAACAGAUUCACAAAAGACACCGAUGUUUUAGACAGUGAGAUGGGUGAUAAAGUUGCGCUCGUAUCUCUCUUCUCCAUCUUCUUGUCUGGAAUUUUGAUCUUGUGUAUCAUUUACCUUCCUUGGAUUGCGAUCGCAGUGCCAGGUCUUAUUUUCGUAUUCCUCCUCGUUGCCGGGUUCUAUCAAGCCUCUGGUAGAGAAAUCAAACGUUUGGAAGCUAUUCAGAGAUCGAAGGUGUACAACAAUUUCAAUGAGGCCCUUACCGGAAUGGAGACAAUCAAAAUUUAUCGUAGGAGUGAACAAUUUCUCCAGAAAAACUCGGAGCUCAUUAACAACAUGAACGAAGCUUAUUAUCUCACUGUGGCCAAUCAGAGAUGGUUAGACAUUGCAGUCACUUGUAUGAUGGUCGCAUUUGUGCUUUUGAUCUCGCUUUUGUGUGUAUUCAAGGUGUUCUCAAUCUCGCCUGCUUCCGUUGGUUUGAUUUUAUCAUACAUUUUUCUGGCUGCUGGUUUGGUUUCGAUGCUUGUGGUGAUCUUCACUCAAGUCGAACAGGAUAUGAACUCAGCCGAGCGUAUUCUCGAGUACGUCCACGAUCUCCCACAAGAAGCCCCAUACAUAAUUUCUGACACGGCUCCUCUGCCUACCUGGCCUGAGAAGGGUACUAUUGAGUUUCAAGACGUGGAGAUGGCAUAUAGACCAGGUUUGCCUCUUGUUCUCAACAGAUUCACUGCUAACAUUCGUGCUAAUGAAAAGAUUGGUAUUUGUGGUCGUACUGGUGCCGGAAAAUCGUCCAUUAUGGUAGCUUUGUACAGACUUACAGAGAUGACUGGUGGUAGCAUUCAUAUAGAUGGAGUUGACAUUUCAACCCUUGGACUCAAUAAUCUCCGUUCAAAAUUGUCUAUCAUUCCACAAGAUUCGGUUCUCUUUGAUGGAACUAUCCGGAAGAACCUCGAUCCUUUUGGCGAGAAAACAGAUGAUCAGUUGUGGAAUGUCUUGCGCCGCACAAAUAUUGUUGAUGCCAGCGAAAUAGAGGCAGUUAAACUUCAAAACAUUAAUGACCCAGAUCUCCAUCGUUUCCAUUUGGAUCGUGUUGUCGAGAACGAGGGAGCCAACUUGGAGAGAGACAAUUAG